AAUCAUGUGACUUGCGCAUUCCUAGUGGAGGCUCUGGCAUCGCCGUUGCCACCAAGACACGUGACAAGCCUACAGUUGCCAUGGGAAGGUCCCGUUCUGCAGCGGUCUGCAUUGCCUAUCUUCUCCACCGCCAGCCCAACGCGUUGACGCCUCAGACGGCUCUUGACCUUAUCCGCCAGGCGCGGCCAAUGUGCGAACCGAACCCGGGCUUCAUGAAACAGCUGUCGCUGUACCAUGAGAUGGGUUGUCCCGAUGAUGUCACCUCGCAUCCGCAGUAUCAACGCUGGCUUUCUCACCGCGAGAUCGAAGAUAGUGUUGCAUGCGGACGGGCCCCUGAAAUUAACAUGGUGCGAUUUGAAGACGAGCUAUCACCUAGUGAGAUAAACUCCGACGCGCAAUCGACGGAGAUCAGAUGUCGCAAGUGCCGACGCGUGCUGGCUACCGCCCCGUUCAUAAUUGAACAUGAAAAAGACUCGCAGACGGAGGCGGCCAAGAAACAAACAGGAUCUGAAUGCGCCCACAUCUUUUUACAACCUUUGACUUGGAUGCGUCCUUGUCUCUAUCCUGGUUCAACGUCGAGUACUUCGGCGGACGCCUCUGAGCUGUCCGAAGUGAACUCCCAAGAAGACGGACCACUUUCGGGGCGUCUGACAUGUCCCAACCCCAAGUGCGACUCCGUUGUUGGAAAGUUCGCCUGGCAAGGGAUGCCGUGCAGUUGCGGUAAAUGGGUGGUGCCGGCGAUGGGAGUUGCGCGAGCCAAGGUUGACAUUGUCGAAAAGACGGCGAGCAAGGCUGCGGGGAGCGUUAACGCGCGUCUAGGGACGAUGGGUAUUCGGUUACCUCCUCAUAUGCGACACCGCCUAUACCAAAAUGCAUCUUUUCAAGAAGCCAGGCUUAUUGCAAUUAUUAUUGUCAAGCUAGCAUCCAGCAGACCUGUCGUCUGGGACUACCGCCUUACUACGUACUCCGUACACACUGUAUGGAGUACUCCGUACGGCAUCAAUUGUCAAUUAUACUCCGUACGUAUGUAUGUACUCCGAUCGGCACUCAGCUUAGUAUCGGCUCGUAGUCGUCGUCUUCCUUUCCAGACCGCUCUAGGCGGUGUGGUUGAGCAUACAGGUAUUCUCCAGUCUCCAUACAUUGAUAUCGAUCGAUUAUUAUUUCCGGAGUAUAUAUUGCAUACAUUCCUAUUUUCUUUCUUUCUUUUCUUGUUCACGAAUCAUACUGACAAACAGACAGACGGAAAUACUCCAUUAUCUGUAAAUGAUUCUCAUCCUCAUUCUAAUCCUGUUCACGUCCUGGUCACACCCUGCCUGUCUCUAGCAAGGCGUGCCAUGCUAUUAUUAGCUACAUAG